AUAUUAAGCGGGACAAAAUGAUGCCACCGGCCGCCGUGCGUAAACAGAGAAGGGGGGUGCCUCCCCGUUGGAAUUUCGUAAUGGUCCGUGUGGUACACCCCGGCCAAUGACCAACAAGUCGCGGUGUUAUUGUUUGUGCCGUGAACCAUGCAAGCGUCAGCUUCUUCCGUUGUGUCUCCCGCGCCCGCGUCAGUUCGGGGACCGACGACAACGACACGUUCGCGAUGUUGAGGCGCCGAGUCGACCGUCGUUGCAACGUGGGACAAUCGGGCGACGGAACAUGUUGGGCGGUUCGCUGGUGAGCUUGUUUAGGCAGCGCUGCUACCGCAAACCGAGUCGGCCGGCGACGAUUAUCCCUUUGUUUGUGACGGAUCGGGCCGACAACUACUGUCACCCAUGCGUGCGAAGCGGAGAGUGAACCUAGCCAAGCGUCGCUGCUGAGUUCAACAGCACCGCUAGGCCUCCGUGCAGUGAUCCCUCCCUCGUGAAGUCGACAGGCCAGCGUCAAGAGGCUGAGGCGGCUUCCCGGCGACGGUGACACUAAAAAUGGAACUCCGGAAGAGCCUCAGAAGAAAGUUCUCGGGAAACAUACGAUCCCCCAUAGUAAAAAGAGACAACCAGGCUGAAGUGGUUAUCAAGGGAUGGCUCUUCAAACUGGAAGGGGCCACAAUCAAGCAGUGGAAAAAGCGCUGGUGCAUCCUGUCGGAGUAUUGCCUCUUCUACUACAAGGGUCCAGAGGAGGAGAAAUGUCUUGGAUCAAUACUCUUGCCCAGCUACAAGAUCAGGCAGUGCAUUGCCGAAGACAAGGUGUCCUUGAAGCACUCUUUUGUGGCCGAGCAUCAGAACACCAAGACGUACUACUUUGCGGCCGAGAACAGCUCCUGCAUGUGCCAAUGGAUGAACGCCAUGUCGCUCGCCGCUCUCAUGCAGACGGAAACUCCGCACAGUGCCGGAGCCACGGGACACCGCCAGAGACACCAUCCCCCGCCUCACGGCUUUCCUCCGAGCUACGAGCCGCGCCCUCCCUUGCACCAGCCGCCCCUCCGGACAUCGGAUGAAUCCUUCGAAGUCGAGGGCUAUGCCGUCGAACACCAGUACCUCGGCAGCGGCGACCAAUACCCGUGCUCUUAUACGCGCAGCCCAAUCUACGACCAGCGUCCCGGCGUCGUCCCCGGACCGCGGCACCCCGUCUACGCAAAUGCUCCCCCAAAGCCGCUUCGUCACGGCGCCCUGUCUCCGACCCAGGGAGGCUACGACGGAUACAAUGGCUACGAAGCCUACGACGGGUACCCUGGGUUCGAGGGCUACGACGGAUACGACCCGCAAGAACAGCUCCCGGCUUACGCGGGAAGACCGAGAUCGGCGCACUACGGCGACAGCGUGGCAGCCGUUGCGAUGCCGGCGUUGAUGCGGCCGCAUUCGGCCGACUUUCUGGAGCGUGACGAGGAGGCGGACGUUGGGGAGUUCCGGUUCGGGAGGGUUGCUGCGUCCGCGAGGCCGCGUCCCAAGUCAAGCAUGGCUCAAUAUGACUGGGAAGACGAAGGCUACGACGAAGAUGAGUGGCGAAACUGCGGCGGGGCGGUUCCUGUGGAAAAAUUGGUGGCGGGUCCGCAGCGUGGCGCGGCGCAGGACGACCCCCGGCGUCUUUUGGUGGGGAGGCGGGACGAUGGUGGAAUGCAGACAAAGAAGGCGGCUCAUAAGGAAGAAUCGAUGAAGCGGCUACUGGAGUGGAAGCAGCGAAUGCUCCAGUCUCCGCUGCGCAAGAAACAGGGCCAGCAGAAUCUGGUGCCUUCCUCGUUCGAACUCCAGUCGGCCGUGCUCAAGAGGCCCACCCAGGUGCUCGGUGGCGACGUCAGGGCUCCGCCGGAGCGGCCUCCGCUCCCCGAGGAGUACAGGAGAAGGGUGCUGGACGAAGUGCAUGCCCCCGGCGAAGUUUGGACGGGUCAGCGACGCCUGUCGGGAGGUCCGUUGCACGAACCGAUCGCCGGCAGGCCGCAUGAGAUGCAAGAUGCCCCUGGACCGGAUCUCAUUCAACACACAAAGCCACAGCCCCCACGUUGCAGCGACAGCCCCGACUACGUGAACCUCCGGAACAUUCAGUGUGUGCGCCAGCAACAGCUCGUGCAACACAGCAGAGAGCCCGAGCCCAGCCCGAACCCUGUCCCCGCGAAAAUCAAUCAGCCGCUUCGUUCCUGCCUCAGCCCCACCAAUCGUGCUAGACAGGACGCCUCUUUCGCCGAUCCGUACUACAAGCAACAGAGCCAGAUGACAACCGGCACCGCUUCAGAGAUCGAAUCCGGCUACGUGGACACCAAAGUCGCCCGCAGCAAGACGCCGACCUUCGGGUUCAUUCCAGCGAGCAAGCAUUCGGGAGACGCGUACAAUGGCAGCGAAGGUCACUCGGACCGGAGCCUCAGCCCGAGCAACGCGCUCGUCCAGCGCGGAAAUCGGAGGCGUCCGUCUAGCGAUCGGAUAGUCUCCGAGGCUUCCCCCGCCCGCCGUAACGAGUCGGAAACAUUGCCUAAGGAAUUGAGGCGACGGAGCGACGGCUUUGCCGUGACGCCCCCUGUGUCGCCUGGCGGGAGCGUUGAGGGUCAGGAGCACGCUCCGCCGGAGGGGCCCCGUAGUUCGGUGUACGGACGUCCGCCAAGCACUUUGCGGACCGCCGCAACUUGCCUAGAUGUUGCUGAGCGGCGCAACGAAGAGGCACCUUUGGGCAAGACUCACGGUCCCGACCGCGAGAGUGUGCAUCCCGGCCGCAGCGCCGGCCUCAAGAACUCUCCGCAAGACGUCGUUGCGCAAGACCGAGUUUACAGCAAUUCGAGUGUGUGGCGCGAGGAGAGUAGAGUCUCGACGCGGCCAUCGCAUCCGGUUCGGGAGACUUCGAAAGAACCGAACGCCGAAGGGUUUUACAUCAAGAAGGAGGACUACUACCGUGCCUCGCAGAUGUUCUACCCAAAGCAGGUGGCCUCCAAGAGCCUGCUGAGCUCGCUAUCGGACAGCGCGAGCAGCGGCGUGCUCGAAGUGGAGACAUUUGAUAGCCGCUACCGCAGGAGUGCCACCGUCCCGACAAGUCCGCAGUGGGAACUGGACAAGGAUGUCGGCCUGCCGCUGCCAGACAACCUGGACGUUUCCUUCCAGUCGACGAGCAACAACUCAGUUUUUGAAGGCUCCUGCGAGUGCCUCACUCCGGGCGACCAGAGUCCGGAGUUGUUUCAGGGAACGCUGCGUCCCAGCCGCACAUAUGUGAGGGAUCGUCGGGUGCAGAACGACCGGUCUGGGGAUGUUUCCGCUGGCGCCGAGGCAAAGUGCCGUGACGAGAUGACCACGAAGGCCGGCGCCAACUUCGAAGAGCUGCGCUCGGCAUUUCAGAAGAGGAAAGAGGCUCCGCCGACCAACAUAGUGCAGGACCGGAUCAAGCGCUUCGAGUGUAAGGACGAAACGGGGGUUGCAGGAAAGCCCCAAGAAAACUGGCCGGUUCUGGAUAAGAAGGGCGGCGGGGACUCCGAAGGUCCCACGUGCGAACGAGGGAGGAACUGCAAGGAGGGAGACGGCGGCGGCGGCCCGGUGUUGUCGAAGUCGGAGCCCGCCGUGCACUACGGAAACUCUCUGCUGCUUACAGAUCUCCGCAGGAGCGCCGAUUUCAAGAAGGAGGGUGCACGAACGGCGGACGACGGUGCGACACCGCCCAAGGUUGUGAAGCAGGAAAUCGUGGAUGCGCCACCCGUGCGUGCUUCGCUUUCUCCGCCGACGCCGGUUCAACACCGGUCUCCCGAAGCCCACUACCUUCCGAUGGGGGGAUGGCUGGCCAAAGAGGCCGACUACGUUUCCAUGAAUGUGGACCUCAGUUCCGGCUCGCCACCGGACGAGCCCGUGUACAAUGAGCCCGUCCUCCCCGUGCCGAGCUUCGUGCACGACUCCUUCGGCAAGAUUCGGUCCCUGUCGCGCCAGUCACCGAAAAAGGAGAGUUCGGAAACGAGCAGCGAGGAAUCAACGGAGAACAUUUAUGAGCAGGUGCGUCAGGUCACGGAAGAACCGCCGGCACUGGCCGCUUCCAAGGAGGCCACGCAAGCCAAUGAGGCGCCCGUGUAUGAAGAGCCUUACAAGUUGAUGUGCAAACAAGCGGGGGAGAACGUCGAAGAGAAAGCCAAGAGCCUCGAACCAUUCUCUAAGGACGGCAGCAAACAGGCAGCCAAGAAGCCCAUCCCAGACUUGCUGCACCACGAGGAAGUGAAGGAUUCCGGCGCUUCGGAUGCAGACGACGAAGCCAGCCGCGCCGACUUCGACACUCCAAACUCUUCAUUGCCGAGUUACCAGAAGGAAGUCCUGAACGAGCACCUUUCCACGGCGAACCGGUCGUCGCUUCUGCCCCGAUGUUCAGCUCAAUCCUACCUACCGGUGUAUGCGUCGCACUCUGCGAAGUACUCGUUCAAAAGAGACAAGAGCCCGAAACCUGAACAGUCGCCGGCCGGACCGCCGUAUGGGACUUCCGACAAGGACCGCGUUGAGACACCUAGAGGUCAUUCCCCAAAGCCGCCACCCCUGGCCUCGGCGAGCUCGAAGGCCUUGUUGGAUGGCUUCGUCAAGGCCUCGCCUUUUCAGAGCGAGCGGCCCACGAGCAUUGGUCUCCUCAAGAGUUUCGACGGGGACACCAGCUCCAGCGACGCAGGGUCAUGCUUGACCGGCCCGAGCUCUUCCGCGGCCAGGCCGCCUGGCCCAGACGCCUCUGCGGUGCAGGGUAGGGCGGCAUCCGAAAACUUUGGCCAGGUUUCUUCACCGCUCCUCUCCACCGCGCCAGACAUCCUGCCGUCCGAAGUCCGCAACGUCGUCUCUGAGUCGAACAGCAACAAGGCCCUCAACAGCGCCCCCUACUACUACUCGGAUAUCUUCGGCGACAAGCUGCGAAUUGCCGAGAGGCCAUCAUCGCGCCAGGCGGGUCAGCAGGCACGCAUCGCACCCAACACUCCGAACAAUAUCCGCGAGGUCGGUCCGACGCCGCAGGUUUCCAGGGACAACGUCGGGCGCCGGGUUAAUAAAAUCUCGACAUCGGUGCCCGCAGGACUUGAUGCGAGCCACGUUCGGACACGCUCGGAGCCCGACCCCUCCGCAGCGGAGUUCGAGAGCACGCUCCGCGGACUGCUUGGCCCGGCAGAUGCUCGCAAGUUCUCCGACGCAGAGCGGAACAAGUACGUCGCUGGCCACACGCUCGAGAAGACGUCUCACAUGUCGCGUUCAGUCCUCUCGCACAUGCGCAAGCAGCGGCCGGACUCUUCUCCCCAUCCAGAGCCUGGCGGGGACCGACCUCCGCCGGAUCAACAGGACGACGCGGAGCGGCAACGACUUUUGUCACGCGGCACCGGGGGAAUGCUUCCCCGACGUCUCUCGCGCUCGCUCGAAGACAUGAUCGACGUAACUUCUUCGCCGGUGCGGCAACGGCAGAAGGUCCGCAGCAAGACGCCCGUGAUUCCGACGGCGGCGGAGUGUCACGACGAUGAGCCGUUUUACGAAAACGUUGGUUUUGGAAGUGCACGGAGGGAGCGCGCCUCCCCACCAAAGUCGUUGGGUGGGGCAAGCCCCCAGGUGUCGCCGGCGAAGCACAGUGUCUACGAUGGCGAGGACUUGUGCCGCGACUUUGUUGUUCCGAGGGUUUUGGCCGGGUCGUCAGGUCCCCUUGGCAAUUCCUUGAAACUCCUUGCCGCCAGCUCUGACGGAAUGGACCAGAAAGAAACCAGAAACGAUGUCGGCUCCUCCCAGUAUGACGAAGUCGGGAAACUGAGUGCCGAACUCACCUCCCUUCGGCUUGUUGGCUCGGAUUUUCGCAAAGAGGCUGGCUUGGGAUCCGACGACAGUGUGCGGACGCGCGAAGGAAAACGAUGCAGGUCGAACGACUUUGCAAAGCCGAAAACUCGAGAUGGUAUGUACAGGCACAGUACGGAUGAUCUGCAUUCGUGCAACAUUGGCUGCCAUUCGCUGAGUCCCCUUCAGUUGGACUCGGAGCCAACCCCACUACCAAGCGGGGGUCUGAGCCACAGCGUGUCUGCGGGGGACUUGCUGGGAAAAAGCCACGAAGAACUCGUCCUGUUGCUCAUUCAGCUGCGAAGAAGCCAAAGCAGCUUGCUGACGUGCCAGAUGCAAUGCAGGGCGGAGCUGCAAGAGCUCAAGGAAAACAUUGUGCAGAGCGAGAUGAAACACAGUGCUGCAGAUGUCCAGAGACUCGUGAGCCUGCAACGGAGCCUCAACGAGCUCACGCGGAAUCUCGGGCUUACUCGGCCCCUGAUCAGCCUGGUAGAGAACAUGGUCAAGCUGGGAAGUCUGUACAACAUUGCUGGCAUUGAAAAACAGAACGAUCGGGGCGUAGCUGAGGGGACGGAAUCCAGCCACGAGGACGUCUUCGUGGACAACCUUGAGACCGAGACACUAGAGAAGCAGCAGCGCAUGGUCGAGAAGGAAAUACUGCGGAUACAGAACAUGCUCGCCGAGAGCACCACCUUUGGCAGCCCCUUGAAGGAGGACCUAGAGGUUGAGUUAAAGAGGCUUCAGAAGAUUGUGGACAACCUCCUGCUAAGGAAGGGCAGGACAUGCCCUAGCCCGGGCCUGCGUUUGGAAGAGGACCGCAACACGGCCUCCACUCCGGAACCCAGACUCAGCCUGGCGUGUGUGCCCGAGCGAAAGCGGCAUCAGAAGACCUACUAUGAGACAGACUUGGAUUCGUGUGUUACCAGUAACCUGGCCCUCUCAAGCCGCCCGUCAUCUCUCUACAACAUGUCUGGGUCCCAGAUGGAUGGAUUGGAGUCGCCGAGCUUCUCUCCGGAGCCGUCGGAUCGCAUCGAAGACGACGACAACUCAUGUCCUACGCAAGACAUGAACGAGGCAGAUGACCGGACAAAGAAGUUCUAUGGCCUGCUUCCGCGGGACCGGGCCCAGGAAAUUCGCACGGUGCGGAUUGUGAAACGGGAGUCGGAGAGGAGGCACAAAGGAAAGGACAGGCGCAAGGGUGGUGCAUCCGACGACGGAGCUCUCGUCUGGGUCGUGGAGCAGCCGGAGACCUUCUUUCCUCACGAGCAGCAGACGACAGAAUCUAUGUCGAACCUUGAAACAAGUUGCCCAGGCGGCAGCUACGUCUCACCAUACGAGACAAAGAAGGAGCAUGGCAGCGCCAGUCAGGAGGACCGGAGCACGAGCUCGUCGUCGUCGGACAGUUUAACGGGAUGCCGGCGAGCGCCUGGGAAGAAUGACUCCCGACGCAACAAGCGGAGGCACUACACCAUAUCGGGAAGCCACCCUUUCUUGGACCAGCAUUCGCCUUCCAAAAUGCCCGCUUGCCUGCGUUCCCGUGACGAUAUGGACAUGGAGCGCUGCCUACGAACUGUGAACACCCCCGACAUUGUCCGGUCCACCAUCAAGAAGUCUGACGUGUACGACGAGCAGACGAUUGACAUGCAGAUUGGCCUACCUGAGAAGAUCUUGAUACCGGAGCGCUACAUCGAAGAGGAGUCCGAGAAUGUUUCGGCGGUUGAGCAGCUCCGGAGGAGUCUGAAAGCGGCCAACAUUCGCAAAAUGCUCACGGAGACCGUUGGGUACGAAGACCUCGACGCCAGGGGUUCUCUCGAGGCCGUCCGGUCGCAGGUGGGGGAAGAGAAGAGGCGGCGGGCCCACCUGCUGGCCCUCAGCCACACCAUUGCCAAGGAAGUCAUGGAGAGGAGCAAGAUGGUGGCAGCGCAUGUGAGCUACCAGGAAAACACGUAGCCCGCUUUCCCAUCGUCGCUCUCACGACCACUGUCGCAGAAAAAAAAAGAAAAGAAAAAAAAUAUUCCAACGGGGUGGGGAUUUUUGCUUGGCCUGCACUUGGUUUUUGUGCGGGCCUGUCGGGUUGUGUGUAGUUUGUCAUUCCUCCACUUCGUUUUGUUGUGGACGCCAUGGGCCGAUGACACUGCCCCCUUCCGUUUUCAUGUUUCCUACGUCUUCACGCUUUUUUUGGUUUUUGGCGGCUCCAUUAGUUUUGGUGGAGACCGUUUUUGGUUGUUUUAUUCACUGUCUCCGAUCAGCGAGAUGCGUUUGAGAUUGCCGUUUUAGGCUGAAACACGAGAGUAUUUUGCUUCUUUUCUGGUAGCUUACUGAGGUGUUCGUUGCAUGUGCAUUUUACCCUUUCUUCAUCAUUAUUUGAUGUGGCAGUUGACUUUGCAUUUUAUUUUUAUUUGGGCUAGACCCAUUAUCUUGAACAUCAUUUCGGAGGAAACGGUUUUUGUUCCUCCGUGUGGAAGCCGCUUUUUUUGGCAUUGUGGUACUUAAGUGCGGUGCCAGUACUAUAUCUGCUCAAAGUUGCAUCGCCCCGUUGUGACUAACCAUUUUGUAGCGCACUCUAGAAGUACACGUGCUCUCGAGUGUUAACCAUAUCCCUUUUGUUUCUUUGUGUAUAUGCUGUGCCUUAGCAUUAACAUUAAUGGAGGAAUUUGGUGGUUAAGUGUCACUACUCUCCCCCAGAGUUUCCCACAUGUCUUUGGCCUAGCUUGCACUUGCUCACUCUGGGGAGAAUGCUCCAGGUUCACCUGGGACAACCACUCGAAUUCAGUUAAUAAGUGUAUCUCAAGUUAUGCUGGCAGGUUUCUUCUCUUUAUAUGGAAGGAAAAAAUGUCACUGCAUAUGUGGCAUUCCAAAGGUAUUAUAUUUUUUAUGCCCUCUGCAUGCAGCAGAUUUUACAGUGGCAUUCUUAUUAUUGUUUUGUGCAAUCCAAGCGAGGAUCAGUAUUUGUGCACACCCGCGUUUUCUUUCGUUGCCUCACGGGAAAGUGCAAAGGAUGGAGACAAAGAAAAAGAAGAGAUUGUAAAAGGUUCACAUCAAAGCGUCACACUACUUAACACUGUUUCUCAUCAAAUGUGCAUCAGAUUACCUUAGUGCGAGACACUUGCAUAUGCAGGGAUGCAAUAAUGUGCUGCUUUGCUUUUUAACCCUCGUUAGUUAUGCAGUUUGGCAUAACUGUGCUUAAAGACCGACACACGACUUCCAUUUUCUGCUGGGAGGGUAACCUUCUUUGUAUGCUCCUCUCCUAAGGUGGGUAGAAGAUGAAGGGAAAGAAGGAAGGAAGCAAGCAAAAAAUGCAAAGCAUGUGUCAGUCUUUAAGGUGCAUCUGUAAUGAGUUGCUAAACUAAUUCUUUCACAAAGCUGAUACUAUAGUACUUUUUUUUUUCUCUAAUUUGAGGGAGAUUUAUGUUUUAUUCGCCCUGCACUGUAUUCACGACAGGCAGCUUUCGCACAUCAAGGCAGUCCCAUAGCCACUGCGUGUAUUGUAGCUGCGUGUGAUAUUUUUGGCCAUAUCUCGCCCCCCGAUUGGCUCCCAUAACUUGCCAGUGUAUACCAUGUUUUUAUAAGGCAAAUGUACUUAUUUUGAGUUUUGGAUAUGUGCAUCUCGUUCCUUGGAGGAUGCACGUUCUUAGCUCUUGCGGGCAAUGUUAAUGUGGCCUGUAGUUAGUUAAUACUCAAACUAACAAGGCUUUAUCAGCAAGGAUUUAUCUGUCUAGUAGUUGCAGAAUGCUGCAACACAUUGAAAUUGGAAGCAAUGUUUCACAACAAAGCUCUAACUUGGGAACUUGUGGGAAGAGAAAAGAAAAUAAAGGUUUGACCCUUUUUUUAUUUCUGUCUGGAAACAGCUUGA